AUGUUUCUGGACUUUGAAGCCGCUUUCGACUCUCCUCAUCAAAGCCGUCUUCUUGAAGUGCUUUGCUGCAAUGGAGUACCAGGAAAGUUCGUUCGCUUUCUUUAUGACAUGAUUCAACGAACAACAGCUGCAGUUCGAACCCCAGCCAGAUGUAAAACACCGUUUGAGAUGAUAACUGGAAAAACACAAAAGGUAGUGGCAGGACCCAUCUUGUUCAAUUUCAACAUCGAACAUUAUGUGAUGGUGAAAUUGAACAAAAUAGGCCCUGCGAUUAUGCGAAGAACAUACGUUGACAUUGCUGUUAUAUUUCGGAAAAGCAGUACAAUCAACCUUGUAUCAAAGAUGGCUGCAGCCUACGGACCACGUCUACGCCCAGAUAAAUGGAAACAGAUAUGGGUCUCUUCGAGACCUCGAACCCCGGGAAUCAGGGUGGACGGACAACGGACUGAACUCGUUGAUGAGUUCUGUUACCUGGGCUGUACGCCGAAGAAUAAUGGCAGCUACGAGAACGAUGUUCAGCAAAGAUGCGCUAAGGUUAUUUCUGCACUUAAAUCCUUAACGAAACCCCUUUGGUCAACCCCUCUUACCAACGAAGUCAAGCUGCGAGUUUACCUAUCCACAAUUCGCUCAAUCAGUAUUUAUGGAUCAAAGACUUGGGCAGCACCAUCUACGGUCAUGGAGAGGCUUGAUUGCACGGAACGAAAACUGCUUAGAGGGCUUCUUGGCUACUUUUGGCCUAGGGUAUGCCUAAAUGAAGAUCUUUACGCAGAAACUGAUGUGGUAUAA